UCUCGAACGCGAAUAACAUCGCAAAAAUAAUAAAUAAGGAGUCUCGGGACUGUUGAGAACUAAGACUAAGCAUAAAAGUGUGCGAAAUAUAAAAAAAAAAAUAGUUUCUUUUGUUCUAUUUCAUUAAGGAAUUAUUAUUUGGCAAUUUCCGUUAAUAAUUCUAAGCAUCUUCGUGUUGUAUAAAUCUUCAUUUUUUAUACCUUCACAUAAAAAAUAAUUUGAAAUUUAUAAAAAGCAAAUAAUACACACAAAAAAGAUAAUAAUAUGGCAAAAUAUAUUGUUUUAUUCGUAACAAUGAUCAUCUUAGCACACCUUUCUGAAUCGAAACCAGCAUAUCAGGUGCUUAAACCAAGAGCCGGCUUUAUACCGGUGUUUAUACGCUAUGGCAAUCAGCCAUUAUCUGAAAUUGACCCGCUUUUGGCGGAAGCUUUUGGUGAACAUGAGAAUGAAAUUACCGCACGAAACAUUAAAAGCGACACUGCCAUUAAUGCACCGUUGCCAACGAUUGGCAAGUCAAUUGAAGAAAAGUAUUCAGAGGGAAUUAUUAAAGACUCACCAAAUUCUCUCGGAUUUACAACUAGAUAAAAUGAACAGUAAAGAAGAUUCUAAGAAACGCUUGUUGUAUGAAUAAGUCAUUUAAUGAUCACAUAAGAUGUGGACUCAAAAAAAAAAAAUCAAUUAAUUGUUAAGCACGUGGUGCAUUUUGUCGAUUUAAUCAAAUAUUCGGGGGGUCCUUGGUUUGAAUAGCUCUAUUUUAAUUAGAAACAGUAAAUUUGGACUAAAAUUUGAUAAGAACUGACUUGAAUUUGAUAAGAUUUUAAAGUGAAAAUAAUUAUUUGAGCAGAGGACCCCCCAGUGAAUUGAAUCAGUGAAUAAUAAUGAUAAUAAAAUAAUAGUUUAAGGAAUGUCU